CAAUGCGAAAUGUCGUGGCUUAUCAACAAGGCCAACCAAAAUACUUCAUCUUGCCUGUUAAAGCCUGCAGACAGUUUAACAACCAUUCGAUGUGAUAGACUGCAAGAAGGUUACUUAAACAUCCGUUCAUCGUUUGUGUGAGGCCGUAAAUGUACAACGUUCAGGGUUUUCAGAUAAUCGAGACGCUUCCUCAUAUUAUGAACAAGAGCGCAUAACUUCGAGAAAAUAUUUUUUUUAAAUCAAAAGAAAACAUUUGGAAGUUGGAAAAGUGUUACAAACUUCAAAAGAUGAAAGCGCGCAUAUCUAAAACUUUACAUAGGGUCAAGCAACCGAAGAUCCGGAAAUGCAAGUCUGCCGUUCCUUCCAAAAUAAGGAAUAAACACUUUAAAAACUCUCAUCAGACUUUAAACGAAACAAAAGUUGAAGAAAACACGACCGUGACAAACGGAGCUGAGGUGGAAACAAAGAUGAGAGUGAACUCCCCUUCAAAAAACUUGGACGAGAAUUUUAUACCGGAACGAAAUGAUCUAACUAAAAGAGAAACAGUAACAUCUUUGGAUCCAAAUCCAUCUAUAGGAGAUACGCUGAUUCUCUUGUCCGAAACUCCAAUUCCUCAGUCUGAAACGCACGCAGUAGCUGAAUCGCGACCUGACAAAAUUAAAAAUAUCAAAACCAGUCCAAGCCAGCCUAAAACUCGAGAAACCACGCCACAUCAGAAAAAAAUUACUUUAUCGAUUUCGCCCUUGAAGAUUAAAACACCUGGCCAUACUUCCCCAAUGCGUGAAGCCCCGCGUUUUCCUUUAGCGUCACAUACCACACCGACCACAGCCAGAGCUCGGUCCUCGUACUGCACGAAAAAUGAAGACGCCGUAGCUAGAAAACACAGCGAUGGGAAAUCCGUCAGCAAAAAGAAAUCUGCCCUCAAACAAACGGAAACCAGCGCCGACGGGAACCAAGUUCACGUUCGUGUGUUGAAGUCAAAUCCGGAUGCGCGCGUCAUAACCUUUGCUCUUCCAGUUGACCCAUCUCCGAAGCGCGCCAAGAUCUCGACGUCUGCUGUUGCCGGGGGAAAAGACUUCGGCAAAACGAAAGCCACGCCCCAAAGCUCAGCCAAUUCCAUACCGGUAUCCCACGUGAAUCUGUCCAAAAACGCCAAUGCCUCGAGAAACCAUUGUUUUGGUAAACCUAACCCUGUGCUAAACAAAAACUUUGCGUCAACCCGUUUCAACUCACAGAAAAUCGAUCCCAGAAAAAUUGAUGUUUACAUUCCAAGUGCCAAGUCUCACCCAAAAUUAUAUUCACCGAAGAGUAUUAUAAAAAAGAAACGCAAUCAAAAACACCAGCAAGCUGACCAAAAAAUAAAUGUAACCAAACCCCACAAACCGGCAGAUCAAAACAUUAAUGUUGAAAAAAAUCAGCCUAACGAAGAUGAGGACCUAAAUAUCAAUAAACAGCAAUUAGCCGAACAAAAUUUAAAUGUUAACACAUCUCAAUCCAUAGACCAAAAGCUAAGUGUUAACAAACAGCCAUCCACUGAACAGAAGUUAAAUGUUAACAAAUCUCAAUCCACAUACCAAAAGCUAAAUGUCAACAAAUCACAAUUUGCAUAUCAAAAGCUAAAUGUUAACAAGCAGCCAUCCACUGAACAGAAGCUAAAUGUUAACAAAUCUCAAUCCACAGACCAAAAGCUAAAUGCCAACAAAUCACAAUCUGCAUAUCAAAAGCUAAAUGUUAACAAAUCACAAUCCACAGAUCUAAAGCUAACUGCUAACAAAAAACAGACGACGUCUCAAAAGCCAACGAAAUCACCCCUAACCCUGCCCGUGGAGCUGCAAGUCACCACACCCACCGCGUCUGCCAAACAGGAAGUGACCCAGCCGAAACUAACCCCUAGCGCCACAAACGACGAGAAGCUACUUCACCGCAACAAACCGCAGCACAUCACGUCGAAAGUAAAAAGCUCUCCGGAUCUUCUCUCCAGCGGCGAAAAACGCAAAACACGCUCGACCUCAAAAAAUUACCCGCGUAAGACUACAACAGUCACCAACACGGCGCUCAAACUUGACUUAACGGAGACCCAUCCUCAGUUAACAAGCAAAAAUUCCGGGGGCGACGGUCAAGUCAAGCUCGAAAAGGUCAAGGCCAAAUCCCCAAAACAACCAAUCAAAAAGAAACACGGCUUAGAGAUCUCAGAAACCGUCGGGAAAAAAGUGACCAAACCAAACAUGAGCGGACGACGCUUGCAAAACAUGAACUCCAACAACGGCAGCAGUGUGGAUUCGGAAUCGUUGCCUGGGAUCAACAUAGAAGAAGCAUCCGAAAAUGACGUCAAAGAAGAUCCUUCGUCUGUCUUGAACGAGGAAACUGCGCAGGCAAUCGUAGACCCAGAGCCUGAUGAAGUCACGGUCAAGCCGAAGAAGAAGAAGAAAUUGAAGCGUCGGAUCAAACCGAAGGAGGUUAAACCGAAGAGGCCCAUGUUCACGGGCUGGGACUUUGAUAAAGAACUACAGAAGCAUUCCAUGAACCGUCUCCCACGGGAGAUAGAGAUCACGGCGAUGUUGUUGCAGAGAGCCAAGAAACUCAAACAGCUGAAACCUCCACGAACAAUUGAAGCCAACACGUCUGGUCUGACCUACCCCUCUCAGAUGCACGCCGACCGGGAUGACGUCAAAAUUUAUCUGGCCAAACAUGGGAUUGCGGGGCAUUUCGAGCGCUUGACGUCGACCCUUCUGCCACCGGGCUACGGGCCCAUCAACUCUCUGAUCCAACGGGAGAGAACUCUGGCCAACUUGAACCAACUUGAAGACGAGGGCAACGCCUUUCUGACGGCGGUCACGACAAAAGUGGCGGGAAAACCUGUCUCUUUUCCAACGGUCUCAAAAUCCAGCAGCGUCACUGCCGUCCUUGCUUCGGGGAACAUCGGCAAACGGCCAUCAACGACAGCUACCGUGGUCUCGGAAAACGGAACAUUCAAGUCUUUUGAUAUGUGAAUUUUUUUUUCAUAUAAUCAAUUAUUUAUACGGAAAUUAAAAGAAAACGAAAUAAGCUACCUAACAGUUGUAUACUUAGUUCAUUAUUAAACACCGUUUGCCAGUUUAAAUAAAGUAGUUUUAUAAAAACUAAAUAAA